UUCGAUUCCAGUAAACGCCACCACCGCCUCCCGCUCCUUCCUGCCCUCCUCCCUCUCCGCCGCCGCCGCCAAUUUCUCCCAUGCCGCCCAAGCGCAAGCGCGGCGGAGGCCGCGGGUGGCCAAGGCCAAGGAAGGACGCUGCCGCGACUGCCAGCUCCGACCCCGCCGCGGCUGCCAUCUCCGACCCCGCAGCCGCAGCCACCAAGGAAAAUGGUGAAACCAAGGCCGAGGAGAACAUGCCUCAACACCAGGAUUCUGCUACGCAAACCAGCAAGGAAAACAUCAAGGAGGAGAUACCGCCGGCUUCUCCUGAGGAGAAUGGCACAGAGGGGAUAGCUGAAGUCUCAAAAACUGUGAGAAAACGCAGGAGGGAUCCUGUUGCAGACCCCUCUUCACUUGGGCCUAGGACCUUGCGCCUAAGGAAAAAGCAGGCUGUCCCCACGGUAGAGAAGCCCAAGAAGGUAAAACAGAUGGAUGGAAAUUCAACCAUGUGCCAUCAAUGCCAGAGGAAUGACAAUGGAAGAGUUGUACGGUGCCAGAGUUGCAUUGUAGCAAACAGGAGAUACAGAUACUGCGUGAAGUGCAUUACACGCUGGUAUCCACAUUUAUCAGAGGAUGAUUUUGAGAAAAACUGCCCAGUUUGUCGCAACAAUUGCAAUUGUAAGGCCUGUCUGCGGGGAGACACAACGAGAAGCAAAAAGAGUAUGGGGGGAGACACAACCAGAAGCAAAAAGAGUAAGAAGAGUAUGGGGGGAGACACAACCAGAGGCAAAAAGAGUAAGAAGUCUUCUACAAUAGAGGCUGAUGAAUGGAGUGUAUCUGAAGAAGAUAAAAUUAAAUACUCUGUGCGUGCUGUUCACUUUUUGCUCCCUUGGCUGAAAGCUCUUCACCAAGAGCAGACGCUAGAGAGAAGAGUGGAGGCCUCAAUUGAAGGGAUCGAUUUGUGCAAAGUGGAGGUUCCUCUAGUUACCUGUAAAAGCAAUGAGCGGAUAUACUGCAACAACUGCAGGACAUCUAUUGUUGAUUUCCACAGAAGCUGUAACACAUGCUCAUAUGAUCUCUGCCUCAGCUGCUGCCGAGAGCUUCGUCAGGGUCAUCCUCGAGGUGGAGGUGUGACUGUGGACGAGGUUACUAGUCUACCUGAUGUUGGAGGCAGGGAGAAUUUGCAACAGAGAAUUAGUCAUGAUAAUUGUACAAGUCAAGAGCCCUCUGAUGGACACAACAAUGUUUUGAUAGAUAGUGUACUUCCUUCUGAGGAUCGGACUCCUAGUUUGAGACGAUGGAGGGCAAAUAGCAAUGGAAGCAUACCUUGCCCACCGAAAGAACUUGGUGGUUGUGGGCAUUCUCUUCUUGAACUUAAGUGCUUGUCUGAGGAGAAGUUUAUUCCAAACUUACUAGAAAAAGCCAAUUCAGUGAUCAACAAUGGAGUCGUGUUGGAACUGGGAGAUACAAAAUGUUCCUGCUUCACUGAGUCCAGUGAAAUGAAUGAUGAGACAUCACGCAAAGCAGCUUCUAGAGAAAACUCCAAUGAUAACUACAUAUAUUGUCCGACUGCUAAAGAUGUUCAAAAUGGACCUUUGGACCAUUUUCAGGACCACUGGUUGAAGGGUCAGCCUGUUAUCGUCCGUGAUACGCUUGCGUUGACUUCUGGAUUGAGCUGGGAACCAAUGGUUAUGUGGCGGGCCUUACGAGAAAAGAGGGAUAGUCAAGAUCGGCUCUCAGUUAUUGCUCUUGAAUGUAUGACGUGGUGUGAGGUUGAUAUCAAUAUUCAUAUGUUUUUUGACGGGUAUUCCCGUGGAGCUGUUGGUUUAGAGGAUUUGCCUGUGUUACUUAAGCUGAAAGAUUGGCCACAACAUAGUUCCUUUGAGCAGAGACUGCCACGGCAUAAUGCUGAGUUCAUGUCUGCCUUGCCAUUUCGUGAAUAUACAGACCCUAAAUCUGGGCCUCUCAAUCUGGCGGUGAAGCUGCCAAAAGAUGUUAUAAAGCCAGACCUUGGUCCAAAGACUUAUAUUGCUUAUGGCGUCAGCCAAGAGUUGGGAAUUGGUGAUUCUGUUACCAAGAUUCAUUGCGACAUGUCUGAUGCCGUCAAUAUCCUCACACAUACUGAUGAAAUACAGCUCAAAGCCCAAAGGAUUACAGCAAUAGAAAAAAAGAAAGAUAGUUUAAACAAAAAGGAAGAAAAUGAAAAUCACCAAGCUUCACGAACAGAUCAGGAUGGUCCUGUGCCAAUUGCUCUCAGUGAAUCAACCAUGAGGCCAAAGUCAGUGCUGGAUGUUGAUUCAGAGGAGCAGGAAGGCAGUAAAGAAACUUUGGUAACUGUUGAGGCUGAGGGAAACUUGACUGAGUCGAAUCUUCAGUUGACCAAUCAAAAUAAUGAUGAUCAUAUGGAGGUUUCUUUUUCUAAGAGAAAGACAGGAGAUUCUUUCACAAUUAAUGGUGGCAAGACAAUGACAAUGGAAAGUGGUUUCAACUGUGAGGAUAAAAGUGAAUCUGCAAAUGAUGCAGAGGGAAAAUUUGAACCUAACAGUCGAUCACGCAGGAAAACAAAUAUGACAACCAGCAAAACAAAUAAUGUGGGUAAAAUUGAAAUAUCUCUAGAGCCAAAAGAUGAUGAAGCCUUACCCUCAGAAGGAAACCAAUCGGAGGGUGGUGCAUUGUGGGAUAUCUUCAGACGGGAAGAUGUCAGCAAACUACAUGAUUAUCUAAUGAAGCAUGCAGAGGAGUUCAGGCAUUAUAAUUUUGAACCAGUAAAGCAGGUUGCUCAUCCCAUACAUGAUCAAUGCUUUUAUCUAACAAAUGAGCACAAGAAGAAGCUGAAGGAGGAAUAUGGAAUUGAACCUUGGACAUUUGAACAAAAGCUUGGUGAGGCAGUAUUUAUCCCAGCAGGAUGCCCCCAUCAAGUCAGGAAUUUGAAGUCAUGUAUAAAGGUUGCACUUGACUUUGUUUCACCGGAAAAUGUUCAUGAGUGCAUCAGGCUGACUGAAGAAUUUCGUCUGCUUCCAAAGGGGCAUAGAGUGAACGAAGAUAAACUAGAGGUGAAGAAGAUGGCUCUUCAUGCACUCAACGAAGCGAUUAAGGAUAUCAUUGGAUAUGAUUGCAAGAAAAGCAGCGUGGAUGAUGAAGCUGAAGAUGAGCCUAGCUCAAGCGAUGCUGAAAAAAAGGAAGAGGAACAGGAGGAGAAAUGAUGACCUGAGCCGGAUAUCUGUAGACACCCUCGCGUAGCCGUGUAUUGGUUCGAGUCAUGCUGGCUCCUCUGCUGUUAGCUUGGUACCUGACAAAGUUGGUGGAAAUUCCAAAAUUGUAUGCUAGCCAGGAGCUCUGUUGUAGCUUGAUCUGUGUUGUAUCCACUUGGGGGAAGAUCGCCCACCGCUCAUCUCAUCUAAUGCCCCCUUGUGUAUGCAGCUGGAGAUUGCCGUGUGCUUCUCUUUCUCAUAUCCUUUGUGAUACACCAUGAUUCUUGCCCAGUAGUAGGCAGGGCAUUGUACGUAGAUAAAUGCUGUUAUUACAUUUAGCUGAUUGACGUUGCAAUCCUGAGGAGAAGAGGGCAUUUUGUUAUUA